UAGACCACCACUCUCCGCGCCCUGCAUGGCAGGGGAAAACCUACGCAGUAUCUAUCAACGAACGAUGUUACACACAUCCGGAAAGUCCUUCAGUAUUUACAAUUAAAUCAACGGGAUAAUAAAGAUUGCCUCCUGGACCUAGGCUACCAGAAGUUACUAUAUCCAAUGGGCGUCUUCAAGAUUUUAAAUACUUUUGAACGCGUUUGCAUACAGGAAUGUGCAGUUUUUUGGGCGAAGACUUUACAUUUACAGUAACCGUAAUAUAAUUUGAAUUCCAGCUCAAAACUUUUGGCUACAAAAGCCAUGGUGUAAAAACGGCAUGCCUCGUUUCUUCUGGCCAUGAUGGAUGUUUUUGUUAUUUACAUACAAGUAUCACAAAGGAGCGGAAUGUAGCUCGCCUGUUUCUCCAACUCCCUGAAUAGGUGUUUUCGGUGCGUGCAGAACAAACCAGAAUAGUCCCCUUACAUUGGUGCGCAACUGUAACGCAAUUUGUAUCACAUUCUUUUUGGAAGCAGCAUUUGAUCAACGAGGAAUAUUCGCGGAAUAAGCAUUGUUACCCCCCUUUUUUUUUAAAUCGCCACAACAAAUAGCUUGUUGUGCGAUCGUCGCAUCAAAAGUGAUCCGUUUUUAUUUGGUCCCUUUCGCUUAUUGCAAACAAGUGUUUUUUGUUUUGUUUUCAAAGCUACACGGUGAGUAUUCCACCACGCUACUCUAAUAAAGUGCCCGUGCGUGUAGGAGUGUACAGUCAAAUCAUCAUGAGGAACACCGAGGAGGCGGAGGGGUUUGAUGGCGAGGCCUCCAACACUUCCAUGAUCUCGGGAGCAAGUAGCCCAUACCAGCCCACCACCGAGCCCGUACACUCAAGGAAUGUUUUGGGUGGCAUUAGGUGUGACUUCGAGUACCUGAAGUCACACUUUGGCAUAUUAAAGGCCGUUGAAGUGGCCCUGGCCCUUAUAGCCUUCAUCUGCAUAGAGACCAUCAUGCUGUGCCUACCCUGCGGAGGGGUCUACUUCUUUGAGUUUGUCAGCUGCAGUGCCUUUGUAAUCACCGGCGUCCUCCUCCUCAUCUUCAGCCUCAGUCUGCACACCAAAGUGCACCACGUCAACUGGAGCCUGACGGACCUGGUCAACACUGCAGCCAGCACCUUCUUCUUCUUCCUGGCUUCUGUGGUCCUGGCUGCUCUCAACCACAAGUCUGGAGCCGAGAUCGCAGCAGUGAUAUUUGGCUUCCUGGUGACGUGUGUGUAUGCUGUGAACACCUUCCUGGCUGUGAAGAGGUGGCGUAUGGGUGACGGGCGCUCAGUGGCGGUCCAGACCAGUGAGUACAUGCGAGCCCGCACUGCCUCCCGGGGAGAGAUGGAGGCACGGCCUGACCUGGCCUGAUGGAGGUGAUAUUCUGAGACCAAGACUGACAUUUAGGGCUUCUAUCUUACCAUACCCUCUCUCCCACUACCCACUAGUGACAUAACCAAUCCCCGUACCCACUCCAUGGAUGAGCACUGCAGCCUCUUUACUUGGGGGUCUCCUUUGGUGAGAGUCCCUCAAGGCCUGGACCCAGAGCCCAAGCCCCCUGAGAGUACCAAUACACAGACUGGGACUUGGUAUCUAUGGCCGCCAGCACGUACUGUACAGGGUUACUUGCAAUACGUACAGGUAGCACUGUCUGUUUAGAUAUGGAAUGUUUUUUUUUUAAUGCUACAGAUCGGACACAAUGAGAACAACAAUUUAAUGAAUUCAGUUGAUAUAUAUAUAUAUAUAUUUUAUUAUUUUUUUAACAUGAAAUUGAAAAUAAAGGACCAAAAGCUUAGGCCUAUUCAUUAAGGCAGGUCAACCGGUUAUUAAGGUCAUGAACUCAGAUACUCUUGAAACACAUUCCCAACACAGUUCAGUUCCAUAAUGUCAUUACAUUUCAGUUGUCUCCCUCUGUAGAAGACGUAAAGUAACCAUCCUCAGUGUAUCUCACUAAUACACAACACCGAACCACAUGAACUUUUGAAGGAAAAUUGAAGGUAUUCGUUUUUGACUCUUUUUAUUGAAGGACUUGAUUUAGUUUCUUCAGAAAGUAUUCAUACCCCUUGACUCAUUCCACAUUUUGUUGUUCCAGCCUGAAUUCAAAAUAUUUCUUUCUCACCCAUCUACACAAAAUAGCCCCUAAUGACAAAGUGAAUACAUGUUUUUAGAAAUGGUUGAUACUUUAUUGAAAUUCAGGCUGUAACAUAACUAAAUGUGGAAAAAGUCGAGGGGUGUGAAUAAUUUCUGAAGGCAAUGUAGUUGGUAUGGGUGCUAUUUGUAAAUGGCUAAAGAGUAUAAAUGUGACGUUUGUAGGUGUUGUACCUAUAGUAUAUCUGGCCUAGUGAGUGACAGACAAAUUGCACAGUGGUACGUUACUAACAUGGUGGUACGUUUGGUAAUUUAACUUAAUACUGAUUAACAGGUGCAGGUCGAGGUCAGCGUCCAUAGCACAUCUCAGGUAUUGGCUGAUUCAUCAUUUAUUUUUGAAACUUAAAUGUGGCAUCACAUACAUUUGUCAAAAGAUGUUGCCUUCUUAAUAAUUGGGUCCAUGGCAUACUCAUUCAGAGAAUGGCGCACCAAUGGGGUUUUACUUUUUGCCAUGAAUGUAUUUAGUUGAAUGUGUGAUCUUAUUAACCUUAUACAGCAAACAUUAUCACAUACCUUAUUUCAGAAAACACCCUCGCAACUUCCUGUAUUUUUUUUUUGUUGAGAUCACAUUUAUGGAGAUGUAGCCUAAGUCUGUUCAUAUGUGCAAGUUUGUACUGAGUGUGUCUAGGAUGAAGGACUUUUAGUUGACUUGUGUUCUGGUCAUUGGAUUUUCUGUUCUAAAUAGUAUUGUGCGUUUACAUCUACACAACAUUGUGAUUCCAGGUGUUCUGUAUUCCACAGACCCUGCUGGUAAUACUGUAUGUAUAUGUGGAUUAUGGUAAGGACACCAUCAGAGGAACUGCUCAUGGUGGAUGCUUUAUAUAAAGUGCACCUUGUGGGACAUCUUACAAAUGUUUUAAAAGAUGCCGUCUUUGUCAAAAUGAUCAUAUUUUGUGUUUAAGAGUUGAUGAACCAAUAUUCUUUGUGAGAACAAUCUUAAAGCCUAACUAAAUGAAUGACUUUUAGGCGAGGGCGGGAACAUUGCAAAUCUCAAAUUAAUUUGACUGAAUUGACCGUAAUAACUGUUGAUUAUGAUUGAAACGUGUGCGAGGGUGGGUUUGUGUGAAGAAUGGACAAUCAAAAUGUUUCUAUUUAUGUCUCUCUAUUCAACGAAGGACUGAUUGUUUUAAGUGGUGUAUUAUGCGUCAACUUCACAAUAGUGGAUCCAUCUCCUUUAUCUAGCAAUACAUUAUUCUCUAACAUGCAGUAAUAGACCAUGUGAGUGCAUAUGUAAUCCUUGCUUUAACUAGUAGUGAAAUGAUGUGACUAUAGUGGAACAAUACGAGUUAAUGCUUCAUGAAGGCCUUAACAAUCCAGAGCACUUUGUAAAUAUAACCUAAGAUUUUGAACGGGGUGUAUUUAUAUUACAAUAUCUUUUAACAUACUUAAAACAACUCCACCAGUGCUUCAUGCAUAAGUUAUGACUUGUGUCAAGGUUUUGAACCACUCACUAUCCGAAAUGGCUUAUCUUAAAAUGAAGACUUAACUGCUCUUAUCUUUUUAAAGUUUCACCUUGAUUUUCUUAAAUGCUCUGUAAUUGAUACAGGUACUUGUACUCGAGGAGGCAGUCAUAAAAUCUGUAUUGUUGUAUUUAAAGAAUUUUCUGUAGAUUUAACAAAACUAUCGUUUAUGGUGACAACUUUGUUUCAAAAUAAACGGGUUUGGAAAUGUUGUCUUAAUAUUUUAUUAAACAAAGUAAAGCUUACACUGGCUGAAAA